GUUGAGCAAAGAGUUGAUAAAAACAAUGACAACAAUAGUUGUAAUAUUAAUCAAAUAAAAUCAAUGAUUGAAGAAAAGUCAAGUAAUUUGAAAUUAUCUGUAAACAAGAUAUUGAACCAAAGGUUAGCCGUUGAUAACAAUGACCAGCGAGUAGUGGUCAGUGACUACAAUAUAAUUUUCGGAGAAGUCAGUAAUAAACCCAAUGAUAAUAAAGAUAUCAAUCAUUUUACUAAAAUUGAUAGUCAAGUAGUAGUUGACUGUCGAAAGCUUAGAUCAACUAAUAAAAAACACCGACUGUUGAUAUCAAUAGUAAUUAUAAUGUAGACGAAGAUAGCGAUGAAACUGUUAUUUUUGAUGAUUAUAUCGAUAACUUAAGUGACGAUAGUUCAGACAAUAUCGAUAAAGUCAACGAUCAACGAGUUGUUUGUAAUGAUGAAGACGUCGUUAACAGUGAUGGACAACAGUUCCGGUGUUCAACAAAGGGCUGUCGUAAAGCAUUUAAGAUGAGACGGCAAUUGACAGCACACGUGAAGCUAAGUCACCUACAAGUAUAUCAAUGCGAUUACAAUGAAUGUCAGUAUAAAACGGACAAUAAAUAUGUAUUUGAAAAACACAAAUCAAGACAUCGUUCUGGAGAUCAGUUAUUUAAAUGUAAUUUCGCCGACUGUUCCGUUACAAUGAACACUAGACAAGCGCUCAGACAUCAUCACCAACAGAGUGUACACAACCUGAACACUGGAGAUCUUCCAUGGCUUCAAUGUCCGCACUGUCCGUAUAGAAAUAAAUUAGAAAAUCUACUAAAACGUCAUAUGUUUGUACACACAAAACCGUUCAAUUGUGACGAUUGUGAUCAAUGUUUUUCAAAUUCAUUGUUACUAUCGGCUCAUAUGUCCAAACAUACUGGUAUGAAAAAAUACCGGUGCAAAUGGCCUGACUGUGGUAAAUGUUUUGCUAAAAAAGAGAGUCUCGACAAUCAUAUGGAAACACAUUCACGACUUAAGGAAUACCGGUGCGAAUGGUCGGAUUGUGAGCGAACUUAUACGACUAAAAACUCACUGCAAAUGCAUGUCGAACGACAACAUAAGGGAAAGGGAGUCUACCGGUGCCAUUGGACCGGUUGUGAUUAUCAGACAACUAAUACUAUACUAUAUCGAUAUCAUCAGCAAAAACAUGACGGAUCGGAACCGGUAUAUGAAUGUCAAGCAAUUGAUUGCAAUUAUAAGACAAAAAUGAAAGACACGUUUGACAUACAUAUACGCAUAAUUAACAUAAUUAGAAUGUCUCUAAUAAUUAGUGACUCGUUGUGUGAUUUAAGUCGAUAUCAAUUGUAUUCAAUGGUUAACGCAUUGAGACGUGAAGUCCAAUGUCUGACAACAGAUCUCUUAAGAUAUCAAUUGUUUGCCGAAAAAUAUCGACAAUUUUUGAAUGAAUUGAAUGAAAAUAUCGGUGAAAUUGGUAUUGAAUUUGACGAAGACUUGAGACAAAUGAGACAACAAUUGAUAGCUUUGAGUGACGACAACGACUGUGAGGUUGCCAUCAAUGAAGACAUCAUUAAUCAUGACAUGAAUUCAAGAUAUUUGGACAAAGAAUGUCAAACAAUAAGACACGACAUCAGUUCAGGUGAUAGUCAUUACCAGAAAACACUUCUUCUUGUUAAGAAUGAGUACAAUCUGGAAGUCGAUUGCGAUAAUAAUAAUGACAUUAAAAAUGAGACAAAUGUCAAUCAAAGACCAUUGAGAGGAUGUAAUGACAAACAAAAAGUGAUAACAUUUACUGAAAUGAAGAGAAUGAGAAGGAAGAAGAAUAAGUCGUCGACUAAUAAAGAGUUCAAUCAGAAGAAGAAGAAGAAAAUGGUGAAGAAUUCACCAGAAGAAGUGUUGGUCAUCGAUGAAGAUAUUACGAAAACAACUGAUGAAUUAACAAAUCUUGAACAACAAAUUGAUAUUCAAUUAGUAAAUCGACCAGAAAUUAGUCGCCGACGAGGACGAGGACGACCGCCCAAAAUAGUAUUAAGUAGUGAUAAUGACAACAACGACAAAGACAUGAAUGUCGUGGACACGACUAAGACAAAGCCGACGACAACAACUAAACUACAGCACAAAUGGACAUUUGUUUGCGAUUACAACGGCUGCGGUAAACGUUUCAAAACUAGUCACACACUAAACUAUCAUAAGGAUCAGCAUAUGGGUGUCCAACCGCGCUAUCGGUGCGAUUGGCUCGAUUGCGGCAAAUCCUAUGCCACCAUUGAAUCACUGGUCAAUCAUCGACGCUAUCAUUCCGGUGCCGGUAGUUCUGGCGACGGUGUGACGAUCGAGAAAUACCGGUGCAAUGUAUGCGGCAAACAGAUCUCGUCGAUGAGUAACCUACGAAAACAUCGGGUACUGCACCUGAACCGGACCUACCGCUGCCGAUACGAGGGCUGUAACAAACAAUUCAAAUCGCCAGUCAAUGUGGCCAACCAUAUGAAACAUCACGAAAAACCAGUCAAAUGUACUGAACCCGGUUGUACCUACCGGUGCUUGAAUAAUGCCAAACUUCGUAUCCAUCAGUACUCACAUUUACCCGAAAGUGCCAAACCGUUUGUCUGUCAGAUCCAGGACUGUUCAAAAGGCUUCAACAGUGACCAAGCAAUGACCGAACAUCAACUUCGGGUACAUCCGGCGGCUAUGGUCGACACCGAAUGGAUCGACUGCUCGAACACUGACUGUACGUUUCGUACUAAGUCUACUAUUGCCUAUACUGAACACACCAACAGGCAUACUGGUCGCUACCGGUGCCCGAUAUGCAGCCGAUGUCUGACUCAGGCACAUCAGUAUACGGUUCACAUGCGUACGCAUAAUACUGACCAGAAAAUCCGAUGCGAAUGGCCCGGCUGCGAACGAAUGUUUACCAACGAUGCCACAAUGCGCGACCAUAUGAACGUACAUACCGGUGCCAAAUCGUACAGGUGCUCGUGGCCCGGUUGCGACAAACAGUACGCUACCCGACACAAACUGAGCUAUCAUAUAACGUUCAAACAUCGGGGUAAAGGUUGUUAUCGGUGCCAGUGGUCUGGUUGUGGCUAUCGGUCGAAACAAAAAGAUCUGUUUGAUAGACACCAACGACAACAUGAAAUAUCUAUUACCGGUGAGGAUGGCGGCGAAAAAUCUACCGACGCUUGA